CUCCCACACUCUCCCUCUCCCUCUCCCACACACUCUCCCUCUCCCACACACUCUCCCUCUCCCUCUCCCACACACUCUCCCUCUCCCACACACUCUCCCUCUCCCUCUCCCACACACUCUCCCUCUCCCACACACUCUCCCUCUCCCACACACUCUCCCUCUCCCUCUCCCACACACUCUCCCUCUCCCACACACUCUCCCUCUCCCUCUCCCACACACUCUCCCUCUCCCUCUCCCACACACUCUCCCUCUCCCUCUCCCACACACUCUCCCUCUCCCACACACUCUCCCACACACUCUCCCUCUCCCACACACUCUCCCUCUCCCUCUCCCACACACUCUCCCUCUCCCACACACUCUCCCUCUCCCACACACUCUCCCUCUCCCUCUCCCACACACUCUCCCUCUCCCACACACUCUCCCACACACUCUCCCUCUCCCACACACUCUCCCUCUCCCUCUCCCACACACUCUCCCUCUCCCACACACUCUCCCACACACUCUCCCUCUCCCUCUCCCACACACUCUCCCUCUCCCACACACUCUCCCUCUCCCUCUCCCACACACUCUCCCUCUCCCACACACUCUCCCUCUCCCACACACUCUCCCUCUCCCUCUCCCACACACUCUCCCUCUCCCACACACUCUCCCUCUCCCUCUCCCACACACUCUCCCACACACUCUCCCUCUCCCUCUCCCACACACUCUCCCUCUCCCACACACUCUCCCUCUCCCUCUCCCACACACUCUCCCUCUCCCUCUCCCACACACUCUCCCUCUCCCUCUCCCACACACUCUCCCUCUCCCACACACUCUCCCACACACUCUCCCUCUCCCACACACUCUCCCUCUCCCUCUCCCACACACUCUCCCUCUCCCACACACUCUCCCUCUCCCACACACUCUCCCUCUCCCUCUCCCACACACUCUCCCUCUCCCACACACUCUCCCACACACUCUCCCUCUCCCACACACUCUCCCUCUCCCUCUCCCACACACUCUCCCUCUCCCACACACUCUCCCACACACUCUCCCUCUCCCUCUCCCACACACUCUCCCUCUCCCACACACUCUCCCUCUCCCUCUCCCACACACUCUCCCUCUCCCACACACUCUCCCUCUCCCACACACUCUCCCUCUCCCUCUCCCACACACUCUCCCUCUCCCACACACUCUCCCUCUCCCUCUCCCACACACUCUCCCUCUCCCACACACUCUCCCUCUCCCACACACUCUCCCUCUCCCUCUCCCACACACUCUCCCCCACACUCUCCCACUCCCUCUCCCACACACUCUCCCUCUCCCACACACUCUCCCUCUCCCUCUCCCACACACUCUCCCUCUCCCACACACUCUCCCUCUCCCACACACUCUCCCUCUCCCUCUCCCACACACUCUCCCUCUCCCACACACUCUCCCUCUCCCUCUCCCACACACUCUCCCUCUCCCACACACUCUCCCUCUCCCACACACAAAUUUAUUGACUUCUCUGAUGUUGCUUCACUCCUUGUCCAGAUGUAA